ACACCUUUAAAGUAGUGUACCUGUCCUGAAACCCUUUUUACUUAUUGAUGUAGUUUGCUAUCUAACCCAAAGCAUUCAUAAGUCAUACCUGACAUACUGUAUCAAGCCAUGAUAACUUAUGACAAACUCUAUUAUAGUUUCGCAGGAAUUAGCUAUUUUCUUGAAAACAUCUAAGCAACAGAAAACCAGAAGUAACCACAACAAAAGCAAAAUGUAACAAAUAGCAAUCACUCCAUAAAUCUGGGUCACUGAUGGCUUCCACUUGAUAUAUAUCAAGGGUUUAAACAAUUGAUCUACUGAUUCAACUGAUCAACUGAUUCACUAUAGCAGGGGGACACUUGGUAGUUGUUAAUAAGUUAACUACUUAAUGGUUCUUUAUCAAUACACAUGGCCUUAUUCUAUUGGAUAGGCUUAUCUGUUUCUCUUUUGACCUUGGGUUCCCCCUCAGACACACAGAUGGGACAGUUGGUCACAGGAGCAGGUGUCAGUUUCUCAUACUGGAGUUGUUUCCUGCACACAUGCAACCAGAAGGUUCUACUAAUUUAAGUUUAUCACAUUUUCUUUGUCAAAAUGAAUUUGAGGAUCAUUGGGCUUUGGAUGCUGUGUUACCUGGCGCUGACAGCAGCAAUGUACUUUGAUCUGGGUGAGCAGGAGGAGAAGUGUCUGAUUGAGGACAUUCCAGGCGACAUGCUAGUUACAGGUUAUUUUCUUAUGGAGCACUGGGAUGGGAAAAAUAAUUUUAACUCCCCUCAUCUUGGCCUCACUAUCACUGUUCGAGAUCCAAACCAUGACAUAAUAAUGAAAAAAAGAUAUGGCAAAUUUGGAAAAUUCACAUUUACAUCCCAUGCCUCUGGCACACAUUGGUUAUGCAUGCAGUCCAACUCUACAAGGUUUUCUGUUUUUGCUGACGCUAGGCUGAGGAUUCAUUUUGAUGUUCAGAUGGGAGAACAUUCUAUUGACCCUAGUGCUGAGAGGCACAAACAUACAGUUCAGAACAUUGAGUACAGCCUGGAGCAUCUAAGGGACCAAAUCAUAUACAUCACUAGGCAGCAGGACUUCCAGAGGGAACGAGAAGAGACAUUCCGCCAGAUCAGCGAAGAAACAAAUGGGAAGGUUUUGUGGUGGGCUGUUGUGCAGACAUCUAUUCUAUUAUCAGUUGGAUUUUGGCAAAUCAAAAGACUUAAAGAUUUCCUUAUUGCCAAGAAGUUGGUUUGAUAAACUUGAAUUAAGGGCAGACAAUCAUUUGAGUAUUUUGCAUUGCAAUGUAAAGUGU